AUGUUUGUGUGAUUUAGUGUGUGUAUCUGUGAAUUAGUGUGUAUUAGUGUGUGUGUCUGUGUAUCAGUGUGUGAUUUUAGUGUGUGUAUCUAUGAAUUUCUUUGUGUGUGUGAUUUAGUGUAUGUAUCUGUGAAUUAGUGUGUGUAUGAGAGAGGCAGUAAGUGUGUUUGUGGGUGUCCAUGUUAGUGUGUGUGUGUGAGUUAGUGUGUGUAUGUGUGAAUUUGUGUGUGCGUGUUUGUGUGUGUGAUUUUGUGUGUGUAUUUGUGAAUUAGUGUGUGUGUGUGUGUGUGUGUGUGUGUGUGUGUGUGUGUAUGAGAGAGGUAGUAAGUGUGUUUGUGUCUAUGAUUUAGUGUGUUUCUGUGUGUUUGUGAGUUUGUGUGAAUUUGUAUGUGUUUGUGUGUGUGUUUGCAGAAACACACAGAGUGUCCUGUGUUUGGCCUUCCAGGUAAUGUGUGAGUGUGUUUCUGUUUGCUGCAUGUUUGCUUUCAAGUGUGUGUGUGUGUGUGUGUGUGUGUGUGUGUGUGUGUGUGUGUGUGUGCAUUAAUGCUCUCUGGUGUGACCUCAGUGGUGAAAGAGAGCGCUGUUUCCUCUGACCAUCUCUCCUCCUACAGCUCACACACACACACACACACACACACACACACACACACACCUGGCCCCUCAGGUUUCAGUAGAGAGGUGAGAGACCAUGAUGCGUCUUGUGUUGAUGAUGGUCCUGCUGGGAGGUGUGUUUGCGGCGCCGUUCAUCAACCCGGAUCAGGCGAAGCGCUUUAUCCGUCAGAAGAGGCAGAUCGGCUACUGGGACCCCAAUCACUCUCAGAACGUGUGGGGCUACACACUGCAGGAGCAGGCUAGUGAGUACUGGACUGCAUUGAGGACAAACGCUCAGUUUUACAUGGACAUGGGAAACCUGGUGUUUGACCGCUCUGUGGCUGAUGAGAACUACAGGAUGUACAUGGAAAUGCUGAGGAAUGCAAGAGCACAUCUCGACGCGAUCACCGGCAGACAGCGAUAGAUCAGACAGAUUAGACUGAUCAGACAGUGAUGAAUGAUUCGGUGAUUGAUCACUCUGCUGAUUCAGUGCCUGAGGGUGGAGCUGCUCUUUGUUGGAUGCUUUUCUAGCAUAGAACUGCAGAAAUUUCUGCAUCAGUGGCUCAUGUAAGCUCGGUCCGUUCAUCGUUUUAUUCUGUUUCAUCUCAUAACACACACCUGAGAGACAGGUUACCUGACGCAGGUGUGUCUGGAGCUGGAACAGAGUGUGUUGAUGAAUAUGGAUUGAGAUCCUCUGGCCUUUAGGUUGAGUAACAUUUUUAAACAGGAAAAUAAUAAAUUCAUAUUGUCUGCCUGCA